UUCUCCUUAAUUACAAUUACUAUUUGAAUAUUGAAUAAAGAAAAAAAAAUAUACUUGUUUUCUACCUUUCUUUCUUUCUUUCAUUUUACUAUAAUAUAUUAUCAUUUAAUUCUUUUCUUCUUUAUAUAAAUAUACGCUUUUAAUAGUCUAAUUUCCCUCUUUCUUUUUAUUUUAAAUCAUAAAAAGGAACUAUUUAUAAUCGACGCAAGUCAAAUUUGUUUACAUUUAUGAUGAUCAAAGACAAUAAACCUAUUUACGAACAACAACAAACACAAGAUGAUCCUGUUCGUGUAUCUAUGGAACCUUUGUAUGAAAAACUAUUAAAGAAACCAUUCCCUACGAGCGCACUUGCUAUUGAAUACUGUCGUUCUGUCUGUGCUGACUUUGGUUUCACAGUCAAACAGGAAGCAAGUGCAAAUAGAAAUAUCUACGUCUAUUGUUCACGAGAGGGCCUGCCCGACUCUGUACGAAAUCCAAAACCAAGCCCACAAAGGAAGAGACCCUCCAAGCGAUGUGAUUGUCGAUGGCGCGUUGUCCUGUCAGAGAAUGAACACAAACAAUGGGAAUUUAGAAAAUCAAUGAAUCCUAAUGCAUCCGAACACAACCAUGCCAUGUUAUCUCCUGAUGAAAUGGUCAAGGCUUGGCCAUCCGAAGUGACUGAACUUAUUGUCGAGCUUGCUCGCCAAAAGCUUCAAACCCACGAGAUUAGAGAGACUGUCAGACAGAGGUAUCCAAGUAUCACAUGGAACGAACGCAGGUUUUACAACAGGCUCACGGAGGAACGUAAACGUAUUCGUCAGAGGAGUAUCGUCGAGCGUGCUCAGCGACUUCUUCUCUUAUCUGGUAAACUCUGUUCUGUCGCAGCAAGUAAUGAUGAAUGGACCUUGACGGUUGAAGAUAACCUGCAGCAUAUCUUUGUCAAUUUAUGCGAAAAAGCAAGACUAUCACCAGAUACAUUAUUGACAGACUUACAGCCUAAUAUGAUACAAUUAGAAUCAGAUCGCUGGUUACAUGAAUGCACCAAGGCUCCCCCAUCUGAAGAUCAAGCAUCGCCUCCAACAAAGAAACGAAAGACAUCUGCCAACCAAUCCACUCCGGACCUUCCUUCUUCGCCUGAACUUGCCAAGGGUAUCCAGUUGGUGCAUGUUCCGAGCUAUAGUCUUCAAGUACAUCUGUCACGUCCGUUCACAGACAAAAGACUGCCCACUAAACCACAAUCGAGUUGCGUUGUCCUAGAGAACCAAACGCCUCCUCAAGCUUUUUCGUCUUCCUCUGCAUUCUACCCUCUGGCUUCACCUACAUCCACAUCAUCAACAGCCACAUCAUCCUCUAUGCCAUUUCCAAAACAAGCCAGAACUAUCAUGACAUCUCCACAACAAUCUGUUGCACAUAAUGAAUACGCCAUAUCCUAUCCACCUCCCACCUACAGCGGUUUACAAUCCUCCUUUCCCUAUAGCUCAUUCACAGCCACCUCACCUCCAGAUCUUCCCUUUUUUGAAUCUGGCAUAAUGCACAUGCAAAGAGAACGAGAACGAAAUGCUGUUCAUUUUUAUCCCGUCAUUGAGAAGGAACAGCAACAGCAGCAGUCAUACGAUCAACGCAUGCAACAUACUUACCCUCAGCCAGUUAGCAAUUUUUCAUUACCCAUGAUUCGCUCUAACGAAGAACCUGUUAUCCCAGAAACUGCAAGUCAGUGGAACUAAGUUGAUAUUACUUUAUUACGUCAUUUAUGCAAAAGAGCAAUAUAAUUUUAUGUUGAAUUAUGCUGUUUAUAUUAUAUAUAAAUUUCCCUUUUCUUAUAUAAAUAUGUCAUUAUAUA